AUGACCAAGCCCAACAAUUCUAAGAUCAAGGUCCUGCGACUGGGUCACGUGUACUAUAAACACAAGGACUCAGCCAAGGCAGAGAAGUUCCUGGCAGCCUUUGGUUUCAUAGAGGUUAAGAGAGAGGGGAAGAGGAUCUACUACAGAGGCUACGGCAGCGAACCCUUCCUCUACUGUCUGGAGGAGUCUUCUACCAAUGAGUUUGGAGGGGCCGCUCUGGUAGUGGAAUCCCCCGAGGACCUCCAGAAGGCCCGCGCCAUCUUUCCAGAUGCCACUGAUAUUUACGACCUCGACGAGGCACCAGGCGGAGGGCGGUGCGUGACAGUAAAGGAUCCUAUUGAUGGUUGGCCUCUACAUCUGGUCUAUGGCCAAACACCCGUGGAACCUGCCAAGGACUACAGGUAUCUGGACUUCAACUUUCCUCACAAGAAGAACCGAGCCGGGAACGAGUUCCAACGAUUUGAGAAGGGACCGGCGCUCAUCCACAAGAUGGGACAUUUUGGACUUUGCGUAACCCAGUUCCAAAAGACAUUUGACUUUUACACCACAAACUUCAACUUUGUGCCAAGUGAUAUUCAGCACGAAGAGACUGGGCGGCACAUUGCCUCAUUUAUACACCUGGAUCUGGGAGAAACUUUCACAGAUCACCACAGCUUCUUCAUCUUUGAAGGUCCCAAGUCUCACGUCCAUCACACCUCGUUCGAGGUCCAUGACUUUGACGUCGAGGUGCUUGGGCACGACUACCUACGUGAUCAGGGCUAUCAGAACUGUUGGGGAGUUGGGCGGCACGUCCUAGGCAGCCAGAUCUUUGACUACUGGUACGACCCGUCUGGCUUCAUUGUCGAACACUAUGUCGAUGGGGAUCAAGUGAACUGUCACUCCAAAACCAACAUUGAACUUGCCACACCCGACGGGCUUCACGUCUGGGGGCCCCGAUUGCCGGACGGAUUUCUCACCUAA